GUAUCUCUCAGGCCACCGGAAUCUCCUCCUAUCUGCGCCGAUAACCCUCCGAGAGCGAUAUGCCUCGAAAUCCGUUGAGACGAGCCGCGAGUAUCACAGAUCUGCGCUUUACCCUGAGACGCGUCUUUGGCAAAGCCUCAUUCCGACCACUUCAGGAAGAGAUCAUCACCGCUGUUGUGGAUGGACAUGAUGUGUUUCUCUGCGCAGCGACAUCCUUCGGAAAGUCAUUGUGCUACCAGCUUCCAGCCGUUGUGUCCCUCGGAGUUACUGUCGUUAUUUCACCCUUGCUGGCGCUGAUGGACAACCAGGUCCAAGCCGCCAAGUCCUUGGGUAUCGCUGUCGAGCGUAUCAAUGGCAAAACCGAAUGGUCUGAAAAAGUCCGAAUCGAGACGGACCUUCUUUGCGGACAUCCAGAAACCAAGCUUCUCUAUGUCACCCCGGAGCUUUGCGCACAGGACCGGUUUCGAAAGCUCAUCAUGAAAAUCCACCGCCAGGGUCAGCUGGUGCGAAUUGCUGUGGAUGAGGCGCAUUGUAUCAGCGAAUGGGGCCACGAUUUUCGUCCGUGCUACAAAGAUUUAGUAUGGCUGAAGACCAACCUCACUUGUCCCACUGUGCCCAUGACAGCAGUAACUGCAACUGCUACCAAACAAGUGCGAGAGGACAUCUUCAGAUAUCUCGGCCUUGAUAUUGACAAAACCAAAUGCUUUUCCACUUCCACUGCACGACCAAACAUUCAUUAUGAGAUUCAAUAUUUCUCAGAGUCGAAUCCCAAGAACGAAGAGGACGACAUGUUUCCAUACCUACUAUCAAGGCUGAACUUCAUGUAUCAGAGGCGGCUAAUGCAGCUCAGACAUCGGAAAGAGCAACUUCCAACAGCCGCCUUACCCCCGAUCACAGGCAUUAUAUAUGUCCCGCUUCGUGCUACAGCAGAUUGUCUUGCGUCAAGGCUGACCGCUGCGGAGAUCCGAGCAAGCGCUUACCAUGCCGGUUUAGACACCGAAAAACGGGAGAAAGUGCAGAGGACUUUUAUUAGAUAUGCCACUUCGGACCCUCAUCUAUUACAAGUCGACGACAACCAUAGUAUGAUGAGCUCGUUCAACAUCAUCUGUGCCACGACAGCUUUUGGCAUGGGCAUUGAUGUUCCCACUAUCCGUUUCGUGAUCCACUACGGUCUUCCAAGGGGCAUGGAGUCGUUCACGCAAGAGUCAGGGCGUGCCGGAAGGGACAACAAAGCAGCAUUGAGCAUAAUUCUGUACACCAGAGAGGAUAAAGAGCGGUGCGAGUAUCGGGCAAAAUGCGAGGCAGCUAAGGACAAAAGCCGGGCGAAGACUGAAUCGCGGUUCGAGUCGCUGCGCAGGAUUGUCGAAUUCUGCGAGAACACCGACUUCUGUCGCCAUACACUGGUCUCACAGUAUUUUGGGGACAAGAGUGGCUCUGCGGAGUGUCACUUUGCGUGCGACGUCUGCAAGGAGGGCCCAAUCAAGCUGAAGAAACGCAAAGAACGAGGACUGGCCACUGAGGCAGAAGCCAUGGAAUUCACACAGAGGGAACCGAUUCUGGAUUAUGAGUCCGAAUAAUGAGACAACAGCCGUAACGAAAUUUGAUACCCAUGAGAUAUGAUAUCGGAGGUGCAGGAAGACCGUGGUACGACAAACAAUAUGGAAGUUCUGACCUUGUCAGUGGUUACGUGUUGGGCACAAUAGCAGUUUCGGUUUUAAUAUUCAAGGCCCCCGGCACUGCACCAGAAAGUAAGGUUAUAUACACAAUCCGAAACCACUGAUGAGCCCA